GUCCGGAACCACCAUCAUCAGGCUCAUAUGGGGCGUAUGCCAUUGCUAUUCUCCGAGAUGCUAUCUCCCAGCCCGAAUACCAGAAGACCCGGAUUCCUCGGUCUUCCUUGUCUGCAGGCUGCUGCGCGACGGCCUGCACCAUGAGUAUAUCGAUGCUGGCAUUCAUGAGGCUGCCAUCCGGCAUGUAGAGGUUCCAUGACUUGUGAGUCUGACCAUGCUACAAAGCCUCGUGGCUGCGCGAUCUGGGAUCAGUGCCGGAACACAAUAAGGCUAUUGUCUCGCGGACCGCCCCCUCCAUAUCGUCAUGUCCGUCACUUAUAUAACCUGGACCGUCCUCGGUUCGCUGUUGUUCUUACUUGUCUACUCCCCAUAUACGGCGUCGCAGUAGAGCAAAAUGAUGGCCGUAUUGCCACCCAUGGCGCACGCAAUCCCCGCGCAGUCGCCAUACCAGCACGUUCUGCACACAAAUUACAUCCCUACCGAUGAAGAGGUCGUGGACAUCCGCAACCUCUGUGCCGCACCAUGCCAACGCAUGUGCACGCUAGAAGAUGACAUCGCCGAGCUGGAGGCGACCAUCGCGCGCAAGCUGGCCGAGUACAAAGUGCUCUCCGCAUUCACCAAGGCGCACCUCUCCCUCACCAGCAACAUGCGCCGCUUACCGUCCGAGAUCCUUCAGAACAUCUUCGUCGCCUGCCUCCCUACGGACGGCCCGGCCGCCAUGUCCGACAACGAGGCCCCGCUAGUCCUCACGCGCGUCUGCCGCCGCUGGCGGCACAUCGCCUACGGCACCGCCGAGCUCUGGUCCUCCAUCCACAUCGCCUGCCCCGACCCGCGCGGCCUCUCCCCCCUCGACCCGCCCACCGUCAGCCUCGACACCCGCCUGCGCCUCGCCGCCGCGUGGCUCGCGCGCUCCGGCACGUGCCCGCUCGACGUCUCGCUCUUCUCGAACGAGGGCGCGCGCCCCGUGCCCGCCGCGCAGUCGCCGGCGUGCGCGUUCGCGGCGCUUCUGCUGCCCCACGCGGCGAGGAUCCGCCACCUCCGGCUCACCGUGCCCGCUGCGGCACUGGACGCGGUGCGCGCGGUGUGCGCGGGAGCGGAGCGCCUGCGGUCGUGCGAUGUGUACGUGCGCCCGGAUGCGAUGCUGGAUGCGGCGGGGGCGCCGGAUGUAGUGCUGGCCUCGGAGAGCGUGCAGACGCUGCGCCUGGCGCUGCCGACCCCGUUCGCCGCGCCCGAGGGCAUCUGGGGCCGCCUCCGGGACCUGACGCUCUGCGUGCAGACGGGGGACAUCGGGACGCGCGCGCUGCUCGGUAAGCUUCCACUGUGCACCGAGCUCGAGGUCUGCCGCCUGGUCCUCAUCUUACCCUUCGCGAGCGCGGCGACGCCUCUCGUCCCCGCGGGCACGAUCCUCCCCCGCCUUCACACCCUCGCGAUCGAGGGUGUUGGCCCGCUCUCGUGUGCGCUCGACUCCCUGACGCUGCCCGCGCUCAAGUCGCUGGUCCUCCAGUCCGAUACCCCCGCGGGCACGCACGCCGUGAUCCGCCGCCUGCUCGAACGCUCACGCUGCGAGCUCACGCGGCUGCAAGUGACGGCGCCGCCCGGCCAGCACGAAGAAGUGGUCGGGUGCCUGCGUCUCGUACCAUCGCUCGAGGAGCUCGUGCUCCAUGAGCGCAGCGCCCUGCGGCAGGCGGCCGCGAGCGAGUGUGCCACAUUCGUCGAUACCCUGGCCGAUUCGGACGCGCUGUGCCCCGCCCUGCGUGACGUGCGGCUCUCGUACUGUUCUGGCAUCACCCCCGAACACGGAUUGCGCCUGCUCAGGAGCCGGAACGGUACGGAGAGCUGCCGCCCGCUGCAGACCUUCCACCUCUCAAUGCUCGACCUCCGCCAGGCGGAGCACGACGCUGCGAAAGAGAUGAUGGCGUGGAAAGCGCGAGGCGUCGAUGUCGUCGUUAGCCCCUCAUCGCCUAGGUACUCAUACAGCCCGAAGGAGGGCUUGCGGGGGAGGGGGAGCAUCUCGAGCACCUUUGGUGAGAUGGUCUGGUGA